AUGCAUGAUCUACUCGCCACAGGGGCGCUUCUCCUCGGUAAUCAUGUGCGUGCCGGAAUGACCGGUGCCGGAUCCUCGUCCCCCACGUUCUUGCGCUUCCCCGCCUUGUCCUGCCCCACCACGUUCCUGUUCUUGUCCUUCCCCACUAUGUCCACCUCGUACCCGCCUCCGCCCAACCUCCCCAAACCCGAACCCAUUCCACCCCUCCCGCUCCUCCCCAUAGAACCUGCCGACCUAGAUGGUUUGACCACCCUCCCCUCCCUCCUCCCCGACGCUGCGGACUACAACACCCUCCCCGGCUUCACCUACUCCAAGCACCUCAUCUCCGCGUGUAAGCUGCGCACCGUGCCCACGCAGUAUGAUAUGCCGCGUGCGGACCCCGCGCUGUUAGCGAGUAAGGAGAGGAGGAAGGCGGAGAUGGAGCGCGUGGCGAGGGAGGUGAAGAAGGUGGUCGUGAGUGAUGAGUGGUGGCGGGAGACGGAAGGGUACAAGUCUGCGGUGCCGCUGUUCAAUUCCUUGACCAGGUUCAGAAGGAAUGGUAGGGGGACGGGUGCUCAACCUGGUUUGACGCUGUUCUUCGCGCAUGCAAACGGAUUCAACAAAGAGACUUGGUAUCCAACCUUGCAGCAUCUGGUCAGGAACUCCGCUGCUGCGGUCAACAUUGCAGAAAUAUGGCUUUGGGAAGCUGUCCACCAUGGUGAAGCCGCUGUCAUCAACCGUCCAGGUCUUCAAGGGUUCUACACAUGGCGGGACAACACCCGCGAUAUCCUUAACUUCUUGCUGCACUUCAUUCCGGCCGACCCCACUACCGAUGGGCUAUCUACGCACCUCCCUCGGGUCUCCGCGGCGGAGACGGCAGCAAGGCGCUCCGCAGGACUACAACGGAGGCAUGUGGUGGCCAUAGGUCAUUCUUUUAGUGGAUGUGCCAGCGCACUCGCCGCUCUUACCCCUCCCAGCGGCCACAAACUGCUCCGCAGCCUCGUCCUGGUCGACCCUGUGAUUAUGCGCCCCCAAUCUGAGCAUGAGAAGGGCGUGUUCGACCUUGCGGGCGCUGCCAUCGGCAGGAGAGCGCGCUGGGCGUCAAGGGAAGAAGCGAAGCGAUCUUUCCUCGCGUCGCCCUUCUUCCAGCGUUGGGACCCAGCCGUUCUGGACGCGUACGUGCAAGGCGGGUUGUAUGAGAAGGAUGGCGGAGUCGAGCUGCGUAUGACUCCGUUCGACGAGGCGCUCAUGUUCUCCGACUCGCGGACGAGCCCGGAGGUGCACAGGAGGCUGCCAUCGCUCGUCGAAGACGUCGAAAUUCGGUGGAUCAUACCCGGCCCAGGGCAGAAAGAAUUGGGCACUUCGGAGGAAACGCAAGUGCGCGUAUGGCUGCGCCCCAAGAACUCGUCGAAUUAUUCUGCUACGCAAAUAAUGGUUCCCGACUCAUGGGCCCCGAUUGUGGGCGCCCCUCACGGCAAGUACCGAGAUAGACUAGUUUCGUUGAUGGGGUACGCUGUCCUUGUCCAGUUCAUUCAUUCGGUUGCGCAUAUGCGAUGUCUGUCCCAACUCGUGUGUCGGCGUCUCUCGCUUCAUCAGGACCGCCGCGCUCCUGCCUUUGCGCUGGCGUUGAGGGGAAUUCAUAGUGCGAAUGACGACCGGAACGGAUUAUUUUCUGUGACACAGUACCGCUGGCUGUACAACAACAAGCAACAACUUGCUGUCCGUUAUGUUCCCUUCAAUGUCAAAGCACUGCUCAGCGUCGCAAUCAAAGCCGCUGGCGCGAACGAGAUUGUGUCCUUUAAUAAAGUCCAGGACGGCAUAAACAAUCGCGUCUUCGACCUGAAGACCGACAACGGGAAGGAGUAUAUCGUCAAAAUCCCGUUUCCUGUCGCCGGUCCGAAGCACCUCCUCACCGCCAGUGAGGUAGCUACUUUGGACUACAUUCGAACCGAACUUAACAUCCCUGCGCCUGUCGUCUGCUCAUGGUCCUCGCGCGCUGAAAGCACGCCUGUUGGCUGCGAGUACAUCAUGUACGAGAAGCUCCCUGGCGAGCCUCUUCGCACGCACGAGUGCACCGACGUCGCCCUCGCUGAAGACCCCUACGUCCAGCUAAUACCCUUCAUGCGAGCUAUCGAGUCUGUGCUGUCCAACAUACGCUUCUCCCAGAUCGGCAGCAUCUUCUACAAGGAAGACGUCCCUGAGUCUAUCCGCGACAGGCCUCUUUACAAGAAUCCGGACCUGGAGAAUGAGAAUACUGCGCGCUUCUGCAUAGGACCAACCGUUCACCGUGAGUUCUGGAGAGCUGGCAGGCAUGCGUUAGACAUUGACAGGGGACCAUGGGACGACGUGCGAGCCUACAUGUACGCCCUGGGCGCAUGUGCGCGGGCCAGCAUCCAGGCUACGCCCGAUCCUGACAAUGACGAUGCCUACCGUGAUUGGAUCGCGAAGUACGAAAUGUUGGUUCCCGACCUUGCUCCCGACGGAUACAUUGCGCUUGUCCUCUGGCACCCCGACCUCAGCGCGAACAACAUCAUCGUCCACCGCGACGAAUCCUCGUACCGCCUGAGCGGCAUCAUCGAUUGGCAGGGAGCGACCGUUGGGCCUUAUUACAGGCAGUUCGCCCUCCCGCAGCCGUACGACUUCGAUAGGAAGUCCGCGCCGCGCGUGGUUUUCUCUGAGGAAGGGAGACCAGAACUUGGUGUUGCGAUCGACGAUUUAGACGAGGAGAGCAUGGAAGAGGUCGAAUACGCCCUUCGUCGUGCGUGGAGAGCUUACUUGCAUGAGCUGGUCCUGCGCAAGGAAGACCCUCGGUUGGCGGACGACUUGUGCAAUCCAUUCAGCACCAUGGCUACUCUGCGGGCCGUCACCAGCCCUGCGCACACUAUCAACCGUGGGUCGCGGUGGCUGCCACUCAUACGCCGUGAUAUUGCGAACGUGUGGUCGCUGUGGGGUGUCAUCGUGGGGGUCAACGACGACGACAAUCCCGUAGAUCCUUUUCCAUUUGCGUUCUCCGACGAAGAAGCCGAACAGGCCCACGAAGAAGCAGACCGCUUUGUUCGCGAGCUGGCGAUGUGCGAGGAUUUGCUCGCUCGCCUCGACCUCAGAUGGGAGGAGGAGGGAAAUGUGCCGGCAGAGCGGUUCGAGGAGGUGCAGAAGGCUGUCGGCGAAGCUCGACAAGCAGCUCUUGAUGCAGCUACUGGUGCGGAGGAGAGGGCGCGUAUCGAGAGGGCAUGGCCUCUGCAGGAUGGCAAGCCGUCUCUCAGCGCCGACCGUUGCUGGUAG